AUGAGUGAAUCAAUGAAAAGUAUAAUUGAGGCAAAUAAAGAAAUUCUUGAAGAAUUUGAGAAAUGGACAUUAACUCAGUCUCAUAUUCCUAAGAAUAUUAAAAGAAUAAUUUUGUUUCGUUAUCUUAAAGUCUGUGACUUCAACCUUGAAGAAUCUAAAAAGUUACUUGAUAUCAACAUAAAGUUCAGAGUUAAGCAUCAAUAUCUUUUUAGAAAUAGAGAUGUUGACUCUGAAGAAUUUCAAAGAAUCAUUAAAGCUGUGCAUUUCACAAGACUCCCAAAACUGUCCAAAGAAGGAUAUUCUAUCGAAAUUCACCAAAUUGUUGAUCCAAAUGCCAGUAAUUUUAACCUUACUCAUCUUUUUAGAGCAUGUUUUAUGAUACACGACAUGAAUGAUACAAUUGAACAUACGGAAAAUGGAGUUGUUGCAAUUUUUGAUGCAGAAAAAUUCACUUUUCAACAUUUAAUAAAAUUAUUGUCACAUCCAUCAGCUUCAAUGCACUUCCUUCAAUAUGGACAAGAAGCUACUUGCAUGGAGAUUAAGCAAGUUCAUAUCAUCAAUUGCUCAUCAGUAAUCAACAGAGUCGUUAGCUUCUUGAAGCCAUUUUUUACAAAAGAAUUGUAUGAAAAGCUGCAUCUUCAUACGUCUGGAUAUGAGACAUUGCAUAAUUUUGUUGAUAAAGACUGUCUACCUAUUGAGUUUGGUGGAUGUGAAGGUUCUUUAAAUGAUUAUAUGGAAGAUACACUUAAAAAUUUGCAUAUUCAUCGAGAUUUUGUGUCUGACGACAAAAACUUUUUCUUGUUAACUGAUUGA